UCCUCACAAACUUUCAGGCAAUUAGUUUGUUGAGGGAGAAGCAGCUCAGAGUUAAGCGGUGCGGCUACUUUCAAUGAGCGAGUCUGCAGCUCAGCGCUGAUUCCGUGGCGCUUUUCCUCCCUUAACUUUUAUACAUUUGAAACCAAAUCAUGGGCUUCGAGUUGGAGCGCUUUAGCGGCGCAGUAGAUCCGGACCUGAAGUGUAACCUCUGCCACAAAGUGCUAGAGGAGCCUCUCACGACGCCGUGCGGCCACGUCUUCUGCGCGGCGUGUGUGUUGCCUUGGGUGGCGCAGCAGCGCAGCUGUCCAGCGCAGUGCCGGCGGCGCGUGUCGGCCCAGGAGUUGCACCACGUGCCGCCGCUCAAAAGCCUCGUGCUCAAACUGGACAUCCGCUGCGAGUAUCACGCACGGGGCUGCCGCCAGGUCGUCAAACUCCAGCAGCUCUCCGAGCACGCAGAGACGUGUGACUUUGCCCCCGCGCGCUGCCGUAACGAAGGCUGCAGCCAGGUGUUCAACCUCAAGGACGUGCACUUGCACAUGCGCGACGCCUGCGAGUACCGGCCGGCUGGCAUCUGCGAGCAGGGCUGCGGACUCGGUCUUACUCACCGAGAGCGCUAUCAGGACGGUCACUGCUGCGUGCGCGCGCUCAAGGCGCACAACAGCGCGCUGCAGGCCAAAGUCUCCAGCCUGGAAAAGGAGUGUAAGAAGCAGGCGAUGCGCGCGUGCAAACGGGAGAAGUCACUGCUGGCACAACUCUCUAGCGUGCACAACGAGCUGGAAAUGACUGCGCUUCGUUACCAGAAAAAGUUCACCGAGUACAGCGCGCACAUCGACUCUCUCACCAAGAGCUUUGCCUCGCCAGCUAAGGUUGGCGAGAGCAAAAGCGUCACAGUUGUGCUUCACAGAGAGUCUGGAUCUUUGGGGUUUAAUAUUGUUGGAGGGCGACCAUGUGCGGAUAAUGAAGACAGGACUUCAAAUGAAGGCAUCUUUGUAUCAAAGAUUGUGGAGCAUGGACCAGUGGAUAAAGAUGGAGGUCUUCAGAUUCAUGACCGGAUAAUGGAGGUAAAUGGCAAAGACCUGUCCAACGCUACACAUGAGCAGGCAGUAGAGGCCUUCCGUGCAGCCAAAGAGCCUAUCAUGGUGCAGGUGUUGCGCAGGAAGCCCAAACUGGCCGGACCUGAAGGGGAUGCACAGCUGUUGGACAUCAGUACACAGACAGACAUCACCUUCCAGCACAUUAUGGCUCUCAGCAAGCUGCCUGCCUCAACACCUCCUGUACUUGAUCAGUACAUCUUGCCUGAAGGACACCCUUCUGGGCAUGAAUAUUUCGACCCGAAUGAUUACCUAGAGACCAUGCAACAAGAUAUGGAGAGAGAGGAACUCGAGUAUGAGGAAGUGGAUUUGUACAGGACAAAUAUCCAGGACAAGUUGGGCUUGACUGUAUGCUAUAGGACUGAUGAUGAGGAUGAAACUGGGAUAUAUGUCAGUGAGAUUGAUCCAAACAGCAUUGCUGCAAGAGAUGGUCGAAUCAGAGAAGGGGACAGAAUCAUCCAGAUCAAUGGCAUAGAGGUGCAGAAUCGGGAGGAGGCAGUGGCUCUGCUGACGAGCGAAGAGAACCAGAACGUGUGCCUGCUGGUGGCUCGGCCAGAGAUACAGCUCGAUGACGGAUGGAUGGAAGAUGACAGAAACGAUUUCCUAGAUGAUCUGCACAUGGACAUGCUCGAGCAGCAGCAUCAUCAGGCCAUGCAGUUCACUGCCAGCAUGCUUCACCAGAAUAAACCUGUGGAGGGUGGAGGCAUGAUGGACACAGGAACACUGCUCUCACAGCAGCACGAGAAGGACAGUGGUGUGGGCCGCACAGAUGAAAGCACCCGCAACGACGAGAGCUCAGAGCAGGAGAACCUCUGUGAUGACCAGACCAGUGCCUCUACCACACUGGGUAGUCGCAGGCGUCUGGCCUACAGUCAGGACACACUGGGAAGCAGUGACCUUCCCUUCAGCAAUGAGUCCUUCAUCUCAGCCGACUACACUGAUGCAGAUUUCCUGGGUGAAUUCCCAGCUGAUGAGUGUGAGCGCUUCAGGGAGUUGUUGGAGCUUAAAUGCCAGGUGAGGAGUGGGGGUGGCUUGGCCAUAAGCUGGCCCAGCUUUGGUGUAGAUGGCAGGCAAGGAUUCUGUGGUGCAGGGGAUGAUGACGUGGACAAGGAGCUAGAGCUUCUUAAUGCAGAGCUGCGUAACAUUGAACUAGAAUGCCUCAGCAUUGUGCGGGCACACCGUACGCAGCAGUUACGUGAGCAGCCAUGGAUGUUGCACAACAGCGGCUUUCGCAAUUACAACACAAGCGUGGACGCACGGCGCCACGAACUGGCUGACAUCAGCGAGCUCCCCGAGAAGUCAGACAAGGAUAGUUCAAGUGCCUAUAAUACAGGAGAGAGCUGCCGAAGCACACCACUUACCCUAGAGCUCUCACCGGACAACUCUUUACGCCGGGCCAGUGAAGGGCUUGCAGAAACCAGUGCAGGAGGUACUGUAACAGGUACUGUAACUAAUGCCAGAGCCCCGAGGUCCAUGCUGUCACCUGUCCAAGAGUCUUCUGGAUCAAGCAGGAGUCACACUGCUCCUCUGAAAGAGCCUGAUGCUGGCCACCAUUCUGAGGCCAAAGAACGCAAGCCGAAUCGCCUCAGCCAGCCACAUUCUCCCUACAAGCAUGCCCACAUCCCAGCACAUGCUCAGCAUUAUCAAAGCUACAUGCACUUGAUUCAGCAAAAGUCAGCUGUGGAGUACGCACAGAGCCAGUUGAGUCUUGCCAGCAUGUGCCGUGAUCCUGUCUCUGCCGAGCCCAAGGCAGAGUGGAAGGUGAAGAUCCGCAGCGAUGGUACCCGGUACAUCACCAAAAGGCCAGCACGUGACCGCCUGUUAAAGGAGCGUGCCCUGCGCAUACGAGAGGAACGCAGCGGAGGAAUGACCACAGACGACGACGCAGCCAGUGAGCUGAAGAUGGGCCGCUAUUGGAGCAAGGAGGAGCGUAAGCAACAUGCUGUUCGUGCCAAGGAACAGCGCCAACGUCGAGAGUUCAUGAAGCAGAGUCGUACAGACUGGCUGAAGGAGCAAAGUGGGAGUGGCCCCGACGACAAAAAGGAGGUCAACAUUAUUGAACUAAGUCACAAAAAAAUGAUGAAGAAGCGCAACAAGAAGAUCUUCGAUAACUGGAUGACCAUCCAGGAACUGCUCACGCAUGGUGCGAGGUCUCCAGAUGGGACACGAGUGUACAACUCACUGCUGUCAGUAACUACAGUGUGAGCUGGUGGCUCUGGCUGGUGUACAUAAGACACUACCGAUUGGGGUAGAGAAUCCUGCCUCGUUCAAUGUGGCAAUGUUUGUAAAUAAGGAAGUAGUAUCUUUGUUUGAAGGGUUUUGUGAUCAGCAGUUGAGGUACGAUGAGAGUUCCAGAGAACGGACUUGGAGGAGAGAAAAUGACACAACGGUUUUGCAUAAUACUUUCUAUGUCGUGCUUGCUUUUUGAGGAUUUUUGCUUUAUAAAGGAACUUUCUUAAUAUUUGGGCCUUUCUGAAAGAUUUCUACAAACAGUUUAAAGACCACUUGUUAUAAAACAAUUAACAGCAACAUUUUUAUUACAAGUUUUUCAGUAUUUUACUUCUCAUGCAUUCAUUUGCUUAUUUAAAGUAAUACAGUGUAUUUAGCUUCAUGGCCAAUACAGUAUCUUGGGCGAGAACAUUGUUACAUUUUUUUUCCAACAACACUACAAACACAACUGUAUUCUAAUUAUUUUAAAGGUGCUGUUUCAAACGGUUGCAUGAUUUGUGUUACAGCUGUUAAAUAGGUCAAGACAACUUAAAGGUGCAUACCUCUGAGAGCAAGUUCUCCUUUUGUUAAUACGGUAAACUGUCCAUCAGUCCGCAUUGUAAAGAAACAUUGUGUUUUUAUUUUCUUGAACAAAAUGAAGACAUAGUCACUAAUCUGCUGAUUUAAGUACAGUUCUCAAAAUCGUAGAGAAAUCUUGAGACACAGGAAGCAGUAUUGCAAAAACACUUUUAAUUGCUUUGUGUGCAUUAUCAUUUUGCAAAAGACAUUUAAUAAGAUUUCUAUUUAUGUAUAUAGCUUACAAUCAUGGAGGUAAACAAAUUGGUCUUAAACAAAUUUAGUGUCAGGAUUGGCCCUUUACAAAAUGCUUUAUAGU